AUGUCAAGUGCAGGCCACAAGUGGAUUUUGGUUGCCACAGACUACUUCACAAGGUGGACAGAGGUUGUUUCUUUGAAGGAUGCAAUUGAGAAUUCAGUGGUCCAAUUCCUUGAGGGAAUUGCAACCAGAUUUGGAUCCCCUUCCACCAUCAUAUCAGACAAUGCCAAGGCCUUUGUGGGAUCUCAGAUCAGUCUAUGGGCAGUCCAGCAUGAUGUGUUUCUGAAAACAUCAUCAAAUUACUAUCCCCAAGGCAAUGGCUUAGCUGAUUCCUCCAACAAAAAUCUUAUUAGAAUCAUCAAGAGGACUCUUGAAGACAAUCAGAGGUUGUGGCACCUCAAAUUGGGAACAACCUUGUGGGCUGAUAGGGUUAUUCCCAAGAGAUCUUUGAGAAACUCACCUUUCAUACUAGUGUAUGGAAGGGAAGCAAGGCUUCCCUUAUCCCUUGAGUUUCCAUCCCUGGACCUGGCACAUCAAUUGGAGGUCCUAGAAAAUGAUGCCCUAUCAGUGAGGUAUGUUGAACUUACACAAAAUGAAGAGGUCGGGGAGAAAUCCAAGCAGGAUUUAAAUGUCAAUCAGGGGUAG